UGGAAGUGUUGGCUUCGGUUUUCUCCCGGUUUUAAGGAAAGUCCCUCCUUCCCACCCUUGGCUGCGAGGAACUUGAUUUUUCAGGAAAGCUCCUCGAGACUGGGCCUUGAGGGUAGAGAUAGGCUUUGUGUCCAGACAGAGGUCUUGUCCCUAACCUUGAGUGGGCGGAUCUUCCUGUCUGCGGGUCAGGGGCGAUUCCAAGGAACCUAGGUCCAGAUCUGUACCGAUAGCUCCACUUCUCCUCGGGAUCAAUGAAGUCUCCCCGUAGCUUGUCAAGCUCUUGUAGCUUGAAGGGCAGCACCAAUUCUGACGAUUGUAAUAUUUUUCACUCCUAUUCUGAAAAGUUUGGCUUAUGAUUAAAGAGGAGCGGCUGCAUCUGGACUAGUUAGUAAGUCUUGUCCAAUUAUUUAUAUGAACUGUAAAGUUCACCUCUAAACUGUUUUAGGUCAGGCCUGAUGUCAAAUUUUUAUGGCUCUCCUUUAUAUUUCUUUAAGUAUUGGAGAUAUUCUCUGUUAAUAAUCAUUUUAUGGGUGGAAUGACGACUGCCUUGUAGUCCAUAUUUUUUUGUUGAGUGUCCAUCUCUAGUAUAGAUGAUCUCUUUGCUGUCUCUCUUUGCUAAUAAUGAUUCCCAAUACAUCAGUAGGUUGUGCUCUACUGAAAGCAUCCUUCAGAUCUUAAAGAGGAGGAAACAAGUUCGUUCAGUAUAUAUAACACAGAUAGCCUCAAGAAACUGCCCUGUGAGUUGAAAUGAUAAUGACAGGAUCUCGGGAAGUUAUAGACUUAGACCCUCCAGCUGAGACGUCACAAGAGCAAGAAGACCUUCUAAUAGUAAAGGUGGAAGAAGAAGACUGCACCUGGAUGCAGGAAUACAAUCCGCCCACGUUUGAGACUUUUUAUCAACGCUUCAGGCACUUCCAGUACCAUGAGGCAUCAGGACCCCGGGAAGCUCUCAGCCAACUCCGGGUGCUCUGCUGCGAGUGGCUGAGGCCUGAGCUGCACACCAAGGAGCAGAUCCUAGAGCUGCUGGUGCUGGAGCAGUUCCUGACCAUCCUGCCUGAGGAGUUCCAGGCCUGGGUGAGAGAACAUCGCCCUGAAAGUGGGGAAGAGGCAGUGGCUGUGGUAGAAAACAUACAGCGAGAACUUGAGGAACGCAGACAACAGAUUGCAUGUCCUGAUGUGCUUCCACAGAAGAUGGUACCACCUGGAGCAGUGCAAGAGUCCUUCAGUCACCAGCCCCUGUCUGUAGACACCCAGCCUGGACAAGAGCCACAGAAGCCUCAUCUCCUGGAGGAAAAUGGCCUGCCUCUUGUUUUUUCCUUAAUGCACCCAGUUCUUCCCAAAUUUGAACCUAGGCAAUGGGAAUUUAGUGGAGAUCUCCUGUUUCAGAAGUUGGUGAAAAUUGAAGAUGUGGCUGAUGUGGCUGUAUCCUUCAUCCUGGAGGAAUGGGGACAUUUGGACCAGUCCCAGAAGUCCCUUUGUAGGGAUGACAGGAAGGAGAAUUAUGGGAGUAUUACUUCCAUGGAUUAUGAGUCCAGAGACAACAAUAUGGAGCUCAUAGUAAAGCAGAUUUCUGAUGAUGCUGAAUCACAUUGGAUGGCAUCAGGAAGCACUGAAAGGAAUGUUCCCCAAAGUCAAGAGUUUUCAGAAGUUAGUGAUCUUAAGAGCAUGGUACAAAGGUGGCAGGUAAACCCCACUGUGGGGAGAUCAAGGCAGACUCCUUCCCAGAAAAGAAAUCUUGGUGCUAUCACAGACAGUAACCGUAAGCAGAACACAAAUGGUGAAAGAGGUCACAGAUGUAAUGAUUGUGGUAAAUUUUUCCUUCAAGCCUCAAAUUUUAUUCAACAUCGGCGCAUCCACACUGGAGAAAAACCAUUUAAGUGUGGUGAAUGUGGGAAAAGCUAUAAUCAGCGUGUGCACCUCACUCAACAUCAGAGAGUCCACACUGGUGAGAAACCCUAUAAGUGUCAGGUGUGUGGAAAAGCUUUCCGGGUGAGCUCCCACCUGGUUCAGCACCACAGUGUCCACAGUGGAGAGAGGCCCUACGGAUGUAAUGAGUGUGGGAAGAACUUUGGCCGGCAUUCACACCUGAUCGAACACUUGAAACGCCACGUCAGAGAGAAAUCCCAAAGAUGCAGUGACAAAAGAAGUAAGAAUACCAAAUUGAGUGUUAAGAAGAAAAUUUCAGAAUUUUCAGAAGCAGACAUGGAACUAUCUGGAAAAAUCCAAAGAAAUACUUCUCAAGUUCAAGAUUUUGGUGAAGGCUGUGAAUACCAAGGCAAGGUGGAUAGAAUGCAAAUACUAGGACAAGCCUCUUCAAAGAGGAUGAAUUGCAGUGAAGUCACAUAUGUCCACAAAAAGUCCUCCACAGGAGAGAGACCACACAAAUGUAAUGAAUGUGGGAAAAGCUUUAUUCAGAGUGCACAUCUUAUUCAACAUCAAAGAAUUCACACUGGGGAGAAACCAUUUAGAUGCGAUGAAUGUGGGAAAAGCUAUAAUCAACGUGUGCACCUAACUCAACAUCAGCGAGUCCACACUGGUGAAAAGCCCUACACCUGUCAUUUAUGUGGGAAAGCAUUCAGAGUGAGGUCCCAUCUUGUUCAGCAUCAGAGUGUGCACAGUGGUGAGAGACCCUUUAAGUGUAAUGAAUGUGGGAAAGGCUUUGGGAGGCGUUCACACCUUGCUGGACAUCUUCGUCUACAUUCCAGGGAGAAAUCUCAUCAAUGUCAUGAAUGUGGAGAAAUCUUUUUUCAAUACGUUAGUCUAAUCGAACAUCAAGUGCUCCAUAUGGGUCAGAAAAAUGAAAAAAAUGGCAUUUGUGAGGAAGCAUAUAGUUGGAACUUGACAGUGAUUGAAGAUAAGAAGAUUGAGAUACAAGAGCAGCCUUAUAAAUGUGAUAUAUGUGGAAAAACCUUCAGUUACAGCUCAGACUUUAUUCAGCAUUAUAGAACUCAUACUGCAAAGAAGACCUAUAAAUGUGAUAUAUGUAGAGAAAAUGUUGGCCAGUGUCCCCACAUUAAACAACAUCAGAAAAUCUAUUCUAGCACAAAAGCCCAUCAGUGUAAUGAAUGUGGAAGAGGUUUCACUCUGAAGUCACACCUUAAUCAACAUCAGAGAAUCCACACUGGUGAGAAACCUUUUCAAUGUAAAGAAUGUGGAAUGAGCUUCAGUUGGAGUUGUAGCCUCUUUAAACAUCUGAGAAGCCAUGAGAGGACAGAUUCCAUAAAUACCUUAAGUGUAUAAGUGUAUCUGUUGUUGAACAUAUCUUAAUCAAUUUUAGAGAAGUCUUGAAGAGAAACCUUACUCCCAUAAUGAGUGUAAUAACAACUUCAAGCAUUUUUCCAGCUUAACCGUCAAAACUACAGAUAGAUUGAAAUCCUUCAGUUAGAACUCAGCCUUUAGGCACAUUGGAGUAUCCACAGAACAUAGAUACCUGUUUGAUUCCCCCAUUGAGGAAUGGUUCAGUUAGCAUCUUCAUGCUUGAGAGUCUAGACAAAAAGAGGACCUAUGGACAUGGUGGAUAACACUCAGUGACACUGGGAAAAGCCUCAUGAACGCAAUAGAAAUAAGCUUUAUUUGUAGCUUCUGCCUUGACAGCAUAGCUAUCUAUUCAGGGAAGAGUGUAGUGAAAGAAUUCUUCAGCAUGAUAUCUGUCAGCAAUGCCCUUUUUCUAGAAAUGGUUAUCCUAACCACUAGAACAAUCCAGUCAUCGUUCCCAUCUUGAGUAUUAACCCUGUUAUAAAGAAAUUGACUUAAGAUAUCUAUAUUUUGGCAAGAUUGGGGUUUAGAGAGAGUAAGGUAUGUGUUCCUGCUGCCUUAUUCAAUCUACUUCUCCAUGAGACUCUUGACCUUGUUUCUGUUUUGAUUCUACUAGCAUCAAAGUUAGCUAAGAGAAGGAAGAGUUGAAUUUGUAAAUUUAGGAAAAAUUCUGAUGGUCAGUUACAUCUCAAGGUGAAGGGAGAAGGACCUUAGGGGCAUAGAGAAGAUGGCAAAAUGUGGUUUGUCUUACAGUACUUACCUGCAAGAGGGCAGCUAAAUUCACAGGCAGAAUUAGACCAAGGUGAAUGAAGAUCUUGGUCCUAGCCCUAUGCCUGUCAAUUCCCAGGUGGCCUCAAGGGUGAGAGUCAUGGAAUGAGUUUUAGUUUGCUUUGUAGCUAGAAGGGGAAAUCAGCAAUAAUGAGUAACAGGCUGGUAUGUAGUCCAGUUAGCUCCGCUUCAUGGAAGGUCUGGGUGAGCAUUCUGAGGGGAAAGAAGAUGAUGUGGAUAAGAGAGUUCACUUGAGUCUUUGCUAGAGAGAAGGACCUGGGGCACUUUGAGGCCCUGCUUCUUCUGACUUGCUUGGCUUACAAUAAAUGCCCAAUAAAUAUU